AUGGCAGCCGCCACAGCGACGGCACACUCAAUUGCAAUCAACACAAGAAGAAGAGUUCUUGGCGACGUGAAUCCAGACUGGCACCCAAACGUCAGUAACUAUGCUACAGACUUCACUAAGAAACCAACCGUGGGCCAGACUGGACGAUCGCCUCUCCCUAUCCACGAUAACCGCAAGAAUAACCCGCAUCCAUCUCACCUGGCUCACCUGCGAAGACUCUCAAAUGAGCCAGUAUGCACAGUAAAGACAAUGGUGUCCCAAACUGCCGGUGAUGGCGCUGCUCAUUGUAUGGAGUCAUCAAUGAGGACGCACUAUCCAACGAUGCCGCCCUCACCAGAAGGAUCUAGGCCCACGAGGUUCGGAUGUAACCCGGCCAAGAAGGUUGCAGCUGUUGGAAUAGUGCCGACUACACCCGAGCCUGACCCUGACACAGAGCGACUUUUACCCGCAAGUCAACAGCACACAACUCUAAUGACCACUAAGAACCCAUUCUCGUAUGUGCCUCGCAGACGGAAGAUUGUUCCCAUUGGAAUUGAUGAAGGUUUCACUCUGAGUGAUCCACAGCCUGGAGAUUCAGUCCAAGUGGGCAAGACGUCAUCACCACGUAGACCAAGAAGACGUCACGUGGCUAGUGCACCAAAGACUACAUUACAGGUUGACCAUUUUGAUGGGGGUGCACCAACGGAUACAACGCGAACAAUCACAGGCCGGAAGAAGAAACAUAUCCCUAAUCUUCAGAUCCUCGGAGAUGCCAAACACCCAGUGUGGCUGAACAACUCUUUCUAGUUUUUUUUUUCAUCACAAAUACUUCCUUUCUAGUUUUUUUUUCUUCACAAAUUUCUUAUUUUUCUUUACAAAAUAAACAAAUUACUACAAGGAGAGCAGCUGUGGAAUAAGCCAGACAAUUUCAAAAGUCUAUAGAUUUUAAAGUUAUUUGUUUUAUAUUAUUAUUCAAAUACACAUUAUUGUGGUUGUAAAUUGCUUUUGAGGUGCUGGCCUUCUGCUACAUAUUGGGCUUGCUAAAGGCACUCCAGAACGAAGAAAUUUGGCAUUCUGGAAAAAAAAAAUUUGACAAAAGGAGACACAAUCAUUUGGGUGUAGUGCCAACAAAUUAAUCCUGUCGCAAAAGUUGACAUCUGGCUCUAGUCAAGUUGUUUUUGUUCAACCCCAAAUUUUUAAAAUAAAUUCCAAUACUUUUUCCACGAGGGGCACCAGUAUCCGAGUGCCAACCAUAGAGAGCUCUAUGGUGCCAACCCCAAAAUCCCAAACAAACCAACACUCAGUACUUUGUGAUUCCUUGGACUAAUUUGUAAAAAUAACAACUGUUUUACAUUUUGUUCAUGUACAAAUAAAUAUUCUUGCAUGAAUGUCUUUAUAAAGAGGAAAUAAUCAUCAUUAUAUUCUUGCAAAAGAAAUAGCAGACUUUACAAAAAUAAAUUUGAAAAUCUCUUCUUUAAUUAAGUUGUCUGAAAAAGCUCAAUCUAAAAUUAAAAAUACCUCUUCUGUGCAGGGACAGUUAUGCAAGCAAAUCAAUGUACUACACCCUUGGUAGGUGGUAACCAAAUGGUAUAUCCAUUUACAUGUAGCAACCAGUGUACUAAACCCAUAGCAACCAGUGUACUAAACCCAUAGCAACCAGUGUACUAAACCCAUAGCAACCAGUGUACUAAACCCAUAGCAACCAGUGUACUAAACCCAUAGCAACCAGUGUACUAAACCCAUAGCAACCAGUGUACUAAACCCAUAGCAACCAGUGUACUAAACCCUUAGCAACCAGUGCACUAAACCCUUAGCAACCAGUGUUCUACAUGUAUACCCAUAGCACCAGAAUAUUACACUCGUAGAAACACAUCCCUAAUCUUCUUGGCACGUCUAAGCACAACACAUGUGUUAUAAAACAAAAUAAUACUGACUGCUUUCACCUUGGUGAUCCCUAGAGUGUUCUACUUUCACCUGGGCCCAAUUUCAUAGAGCUGCCAAGCACAGAAAUUUGCUUAGCAUAAAAUGUAUUCCUUGAUACAAAAGGGGAUAACCACAUGAUUUUUAGGAUAAGCAAACAACAGCUGAAUACCCAGUUACAAGCAAUGCAACAAAUGGAAAUUUGGUUG